AUGCACAGGGCUGUUCUGGGUGUGCCGGACAUAACCUGCACCGCCUGCGUUGAGACAAUCGAAAGUCUAUUCAAGAAUGAUGAGUUUAUCAAAAUACGCGUUAAUCUCGUUCCCGAAAAGGAAGCGAUUGUGUUCUGGGAACCGGAGAAAACUACCUUAGCAGCAAUUAGAGAACGUAUCGAAGAUGCUGGCUUUGGGACAAAAGUAUUGAGUGAGAACUACGAGACACCCGAUAAUUAUCUCGAGAAACGAACCGAAUUCCAGAUAGAAGGCAUGACUUGCUCAUCCUGCACUGGCACCAUUCAAGGAGCACUUGCCGAUCAUGUUCUGUCAUGCGAUAUUUCUUUGGAAACGAAGACUGCUUCUAUAACUUACAACGAGUUCGCGAUUUCUCCGGCGAAGAUUGUUGACCUUAUUGAAGACUGUGGCUUCGAAGCAAAGUUGAAAUCUGCCGUUGUUACCACGCUGGAACAUGUUAAAAUUCAAGUUCUUGGAAUGGUUUGCAUGUCUUGUGUUCACACGAUUCAAGAUGUCCUUGGCGCUUAUACAGGAAUCAACUCAGUUGUCGUAUCGCUCGAGAAAGAAGAAGCCGAUGUCACCUUCCAGCCUGAUCUACUUACUGGGGCUGUUAUCGCUGCGCAUAUUGAGGAUAUGGGUUUUGAAGCCUCUGUCAUAAACCUUGAACAAACAGAAUAUCUCAAGAGCACUUUCAACAUUACUGGCAUGCGUUGUAAAUCAUGUGUUGGCAAGAUCACGAAUGGAGUGGAGGGCCUCUUCGGCGUCGUCCAAACUGUUGUGAACCUUGAAGCUUCGUCUGGCUUCGUAAUUCACUCUUCCACUGUUUCGCCUGCGGAAAUUCAAAAGCUCAUCGAGUCAAUGAAUUUCACUGUUGAACAUGUCGGCUCGGAGAAAGACGAUUACUCACCUUCACCAUCUUCUUUGCCGAGAAAAACUCCGCCAAAGAAGAAGCAGCAGAUCAUGAACUCAACCGUCUCAACAACAACUUUCAUCAAUGCAUCUGGCGAAACUGAGAAAUGCUCCAUCAAGAUUUUAGGGAUGACAUGUGCAAGCUGCGUGGGAAAUAUUGAGCGGACAAUAUCCAAAGCCUCAGGUGUUCUGAGCAUUGUUGUGUCGCUCAUGUCUUCCCGUGGUGAUGUUAUUUUCGAUCCCUCGCUGACUUCCGCGAAAGAACUGGCGAACGCAAUUGAUGAGAUGGGAUUUGAAGCUUCUGUAAUUUCCACCGGAGGAUCUACUGAAGAAAAACUUACGCUCACCGUGACCGGAAUGACCUGUGCGAGCUGUGUACGCAAAAUUGAGCUGUCACUGAAAAAGAUUCCUGGCAUUUCUGACGCUGUUGUUUCUCUUACUACUUCAUCCGCUCUUGUUACACAUGAUAGAUCCGUCAUUCCAGCACGAGAAAUUAUCACAGCUGUAAAGGACCUCGGAUUCGGUGCUGAAAUUCGAAACGAGACGGAUAACUACGCUCUCCUGGAACAUAAGGAUGCUAUAAAUAAAUGGCGGCGUUCAUUCCUCGUCUCACUCUUUUUCGGACUCCCUGCUAUGAUUCUCAUGAUGCUAUUCAUGCUUCCAUCGCACGACGAAGCAGUUAUUCCCCCGCAUAACAUAAUUCCAGGCUUAUCCGUAGAAAACUUGACGAUGUUUAUUCUUUCGACGCCGGUUCAAUUCUUCGCCGGAUGGAAGUUUUACAUCGCAGCAUGGAAAGCUAUCAAACACAAAUCACUCAACAUGGAUGUUUUGAUUAUGAUGGCUACGACAAUCUCAUACCUAUACUCAGUUAUUAUUGUUGACCUUUUUCGAAACAGUUCCCAUGUUGAUCACUUUUAUCUCUUUGGGACGAUGGCUGGAGCAUAUUGCGAAAGGAAAACUUCCGAAGCUCUUGCGACUCUUAUGAAAAUGGCGCCUUCAGAAGCGACAGUCGUUCAGUUUAACAACGGCCAGGUCGAGAAGGCGGAAGUAGUGAACAUCAGCCUCGUUGAGCGAGGUGAUUUAGUUCAAGUUAAGCCCGGAGAAAAGAUCCCCAUUGAUGGCCGUGUUAUUGAUGGCAAAUCAUCGUGUGAUGAAAGUUUCAUUACAGGCGAGUCAAUGCCUGUCACAAAGCGAACAGGAGAUUCCGUUUACGCGGGAGCGAUAAAUAACAAUGGUUCAAUUAUUGUCAAAGCAACGCACGUUGGCGGCGAUACAAACCUGCAGCAGAUUGUUCGAAUAAUGGAAGACGCGCAGUCUAGCAAGGCUCCAAUUCAGCAACAUGCUGACGUCAUCGCCGGCUAUUUUGUGCCCGUGGUUAUCAGUUUGUCCCUCAUGACUCUUAUCGGAUGGCUUAUUGGCGGAUUUAAAAAUCCAAGCGUUAUUCCUGAUCGGAUGAACAUGAAGAUGAACAUGACGGAAACUGAACAUCAUACAGAACAUCUGGGUCACGGAGAAGUCGCUGUAACUGAGCGAGUAGUCAAUUUUGCAUUCCAAAUGGCAAUCACUGUUCUCGCAAUCGCUUGUCCUUGUGCACUCGGUUUGGCGACUCCUACCGCUGUCAUGGUUGGUACUGGCGUUGGCUACAAAAAUGGUAUCUUGAUCAAAGGUGGCGAAGCUCUCGAAAAAGCUCAAAAGAUCGACUGCGUCGUCUUCGACAAAACGGGAACUAUCACCUAUGGAAAGCCAACUGUAUCCGUAUUCCAAAUCUUGACGUCAAAGAUGCCUAAAAAUGACAUCAUUAGAAUCGUCGGCUCAGCAGAGAGCCAGUCAGAACAUCCGCUAGGAACGGCUGUGUGUAACUAUGCGAAGAAAGAGCUCAACACUGAAGUAAUGGAGCAAGUUUCUGACUUCAAAGCUGUCCCGGGCUCCGGCAUCGAAUGCAAGGUCGCCUCGAAGUACAAAGUUCUCAUUGGCAAUCGCUCGUGGAUGACAUCAAAUGGUCUGAAAGUAACAAAAGACAUGAAUGCAAUGAUGAAGCAGCACGAGGAGCUUGGCCGUACCGCUGUAUUGGUAUCUAUUGAUGGACUUCUGUGUGCGAUGAUUGCAAUUUCCGAUCAACUCAAGCCGGAGGCUCAGCAAGUUGUCCACGUUCUUCAGAAAAAGCUCGGAUGUAAGGUUGUCCUUCUCACCGGUGACAACCAAAUCACAGCUAAAGCCAUCGCUCGCGAAGUCGGCAUCUUUGAAGUCUUCGCUGAAGUCCUUCCAACGCAUAAAGCCGAUAAGAUCAAGGAUCUCCAAGCUGCGGGAAAGACUGUUGCCAUGGUGGGCGAUGGUGUCAAUGACUCGCCCGCUUUGGUUACUGCUGAUGUUGGAAUUUCAUUUAAAACUGGAACUGAUGUCGCCGCUGAAGCCGCUGACAUCGUUUUGAUGAACGACAAUCUUGAGGAUAUUGUGGCGGCGAUUGACCUUUCAAAGGCAGUCGUGCGAAGAAUCAAAUACAACUUUGUCUUCGCCUCUGCUUAUAAUCUUGUGGGCGUUCCUAUCGCUGCUGGAUGCUUUGUCCCCAUUGGCUUUGCUCUUCAGCCCUGGAUGGCAUCUGCAGCCAUGGCUCUCAGUUCCGUCUCCGUUGUGACCUCUAGUCUUCUUCUCAAAAAAUACACCAAGCCAUACUUUGACAGUUCUUGGAAGAAAGGCGAUAUGCUCAAGGAGGACGAAGUGCUUAUUCAGACCGGGAGAAACUUUAUCGACAAAAUUGCCACCAGCUUGGUAGAAAUUAGCGAGAAAUUCUCAAAUGGUUCUAACAACAUCGUGAAUCCGACACAACCCUUUGGUGUCCCAUUUGGCUUUCUUCACCCAGCUCUUCUUUUGCAUCAACAACAGCAAGCCCAACAGCAAGCUAUGCUCUUGCAACAGCUCCAACUAAAACAACGACAGCAACAAGUAGCGGCGAUGCAACACACCAAACUCGACCAAGAGAUAAAACAAGAGCUCACUGCGAAGAGUAACAAGCGCGAAAAAUCCGUCAACCGACUUUCCACAGGACCACCAUCAGAUUCAUCGGAAGGUUCCGCAUCUCCACCAGCGAAAUCGCCUCCAAAAUCGGACGACAACAAACCUACUCUUGUUUCUAACCUCAGAAGACAUAAACGAGAUCGUAAACCCCGAACUCCCUUUUCCAGCGAGCAGUUAGAACGACUUGAAUCAAGAUUCGCAGAGAAGCAGUACUUGACAAUUCCAGAGCGAGCAGAAUUCUCUAAUGAGCUGAAUCUCACUGAAACUCAGGUUAAAAUUUGGUUUCAAAAUAGGCGAGCUAAGCAGAAACGACUCGCCGAGGCCGAAAUUGAAAAGGUUCGCUACAUGGUCGGAACUGCACAAGCACAAGCUCGACUCGGCCUUCUAGGCUCGCACUUUCCCGAAAAGAAGAAAUCAGAGUCAGUAUUUCUCCUCGGCGAGUUGAAAAAAUGCGAUUUACUGAGACCGCUUACUGAUGACCAAUUCAAGGAAAUGGUCGCCGUGGCAAAACGUCGAGAAAUUAAGAAGACAGAAUUUAUCAUCAAAGAAGACGAAGACGGAAAGGAAAUUUUCGUCUUGGAACAAGGGCGAAUUGAAGUGUCGUAUUACGAUGAAGAUGAAACUUUCGGGGAAAUCGCGCUCGUCUUCGAGACCACGCGCACUGCGAAUAUCAUUGCGGUUACAGACUGCACCUGCUGGACCGUCAACAGGGACGAGUUUGCUGCCAUCAUGACAAACAGCAAUAAGCAGAUUUAUAUCGACAGAUCGACGUUUUUGCGAAAAAUCGAGUUUUUGAACCAUCUCUCCGACUACGAAGUCGCCAAAAUUGCCCAUGUUGCUUGGGAUGAGACAUACAAAAAGGGAGAAUUCAUUGUCAAAGAAAAAGAACAAGGCGAUACUUUUUACAUCAUCAAAAAAGGCAUCUGUAAUGUCUACCAAAAAUCUGGAAAGGAGCAAAUUCUGAUCAACCAGAUGAACGUUUUUGACCAUUUUGGAGAAAAAGCGCUCCGACAAGCAAAUGAGACUCGAACUGCUUCGGUUCAAGCGGUUGAAUCUGUUGUUGAGCUGCUCGUUUUUCACCGCGACGAUGUUUUUAGGUUGAUUGGAGAUAUAACAGAUAUUUAUCCUGAACGACCGGUAGAGCGCAUUGGAAACACGACUCUUCAAGACUAUGUUCAAGAAGAACAGCUUUCGAUAAAAGACUUCAAGGAGCUGAAAACUCUUGGAAUCGGUGGAUUCGGUCGCGUUGUAUUAACUCAGCAUCAAGAACCGGGGGAGAAGCGAUGGACUGUCUGUGGCACACCUGAGUAUAUGGCGCCAGAGUUAUUUCUGAAAUCCGGGCAUGACUUUGCUGUGGACUACUGGGCAAUCGGAGUUUUACUUUACGAGUUGUGCCAGGGUGAACCGCCAUUCAACGAUCCAAAAGAAGUCAUCAAGGGCAUCAAACAUGCAAAGUUCCCAGUGAAGAUAACUCCCGGCGGAAAAAGUAUCAUCCAGUCAUUCGCAAAGCAGCAAGCGUCUUUGCGGCUUGGCAAUUUCAAGAAUGGAUUCCAAGACAUUUUCAAACACUGUUGGUAUUCUUCAUUUAGUUGGGAAAAGCUCGAAAGUCGAACAAUGACAGCUCCCUGGAGACCGAGUCUCGACCAUGAAACGGACACCAGAUACUUUUCUUCGCAAUGA